AUGGAAAUCGCUUCUUCUUCUUGUUCGAUUCUUAAGAAUCUUCAACUUUCUUGUACAAAGACUUCUCUUUUCACUCGAUGUUUGAGCGAGCGAUCGUCACACGACACUGGAAGAAGACAAAGUUCCUUACCUUUUUCCGAUUACCCAGAAAAAUCCAAGAUUCUCGGAAAAUGCCUGCGGUUUCAGAGACAGAGAUUCUCUGCGCGUUGCUUAUCAGCGAGUCGGGAAGAUGUAAAACCAUCUGAAGAACUUGCCGUGAUACUUGAAGUUGAUGGAGUAAUGAUUGAUACAUGGCCAAGUAAUCGCCAGGCGAUCAAUGCAGCUUUUCAAAAGCUUGGGCUUGAUUGUGCAAAUUGGCCUGAACCAGUUUAUUCAGACCUGUUGAGGAAAGGUGCUGGUGAUGAAGAAAAAAUGUUGCUUUUGUAUUUUAACCAGAUUGGUUGGCCUUCCUCGUUGCCAACCAGUGAGAAAGGGACUUUUGUGAAAAGUGUAUUGCGAGAAAAGAAAAAUGCAAUGGAUGAGUUUCUCAUGUCCAAAAGCUUACCUCUGAGAUCUGGAGUCCAAGAGUUUAUCGAUAAUGCACACACGGAGAAAGUACCUGUUGCUAUCGUAACAGCCUACUGCAAGAAUGGAGAUAAAGCAGCCUUAUCCAUUGUUGAGAUGCUUGGCCAAGAAAGACUUCCAAAUGUGAAGGUUAUCGGAGACAAAGAAGUAGAAGAGAGUAUGUAUGGACAACUUGUUCUUGGCAAAGGAGUUUCUUCAAGUCUAGAGGAGCAACUAGUAAAGGAAGUCAAAAAAGCAGCCUCCGCUGAGAAACAGAGGAUAGCAGAAGAAGUUGCAUCGAUGCUAAAGCUAAGUGUUGACAUUGACACAAGCUCAUCUGAGAGGUUGGAGAAGAUUGUUGUGGCUUUGCGUGCUGCUGCGGAAUACGCUGGAUUACCUGUAAAAAACUGUGUACUUGUUGCUGGUAGUCAAUCUGGAGUUUCUGCUGCAAAGAUGAUAGGCAUGCCCUGUGUAGUCAUGCGAAGCAGUUUAACUGCAAGAGGUGAAUUUCCAUCGGCGAAAGGUGUAAUGGAUGGGUUUGGAGGAGCAGACUUGACAAUCCCAAAACUUAGGAACAAGAUUAAGUCUUGA